AUGUCGUUCAUAGCUGAUUCUCUCAGAGUAUAUCUGCUCUCCCCCUAUGUGAUGCUGGGGAGGGUGUUAAGGCAGCCUACUGCUUUUUUGAGUCUAUAUGAGUUCAUCGGUCUCAUGGUUGAGGCCUACGACAAAAUCUUUCGCCAAUCGUAUGUAUCUCUGAUUGGGCAGAUAAUGUACAUAACUAUGUGCAUCGGUUGUGCUGAAGAACAAAUGGGGGAGGCCAAGAGGUUCAUCGUUGGGUUGAUCCAUGGCCUAUGCCAUUCCCUUGCGGCUGUCUCUGCAGUAUGCUUAGUGGAGUUGCUCUGCGAGUAUCUAUACACCGUGACUCCUACAGCCCCUGGUGGGGACAGCUUGGAGAUCCUUGAUACGACUGAGGCGAUUAUCGUAUCGGUCUUGGGUCCUUUUUGGGUCAGCUCAGCGAGAAGUACAGCCGUUUCAUCUUGCUAUUUCCUCACUCAGGCAUCGAUGCUCCCCACCCCAGCUUCUCUCAACUCUCUAUUCAUCUCAAUCACUGAUCUACCGAGCCAUGCUUUCCAUAAUAGAGCCGGCGUCUGCGCCGCUAUACAGAACAACAUGCCCAUCGACCGCUUCCAGUACCUCCGCUACAUCGCCUCGGUAUCGCCUUUCCUCUACAUCAUCAUGACGCCUAUUGCCUCUUUCAUUUUCGGCGUCUACUUGCUCAUUUCUCUUAACUAUCUUGGCCAACACUGUACCGAGGCCUUCAGUUCCCUCCGUAUACAUGACUACAAGCAUUUCCUGCGUAUGUGGAUUAGUCCCGACACGGGUGAUCUACACGUCUUCGUUAUUGGCAUUGACCAUGUUGCUAGGCAUUGGGAGGCGGACCCCUAUUGGGAUGGCAAGCUCCUGCCCAAGGGCUCGCAGGUGCCGUCCUGGAAGUGGAUCACACCGAGCAAGUACCGACCGAAGAGCGAGAGAAAAGCUGAGGAAGACGAUCUCACCUUGUUGGCUCGUAGAGUGGAGCAGGGACUAGGCCCAUCACCCUCGGACUAUCGUAAGCCCCAACCAGAUGGCCAACCUAAGCUCGUAGACUACUUCGUUGUUGAAUCAUCGGAGAAACAGGCGGCUACAAUCAAACAGAAACAAGCGGACGAUAAGAAAGCAUCUCGUGAAGUGAUUACAGAGGACUUCUCAAGGGAGGAGUCCACAACGUCAGAAGGUAGUUUGCUGACUAGGUUAGCUACGUACCUGACCGUCUGUCCCGGGCUCGUGGCUUAG